AUGAAUAUACCUCGCGUUUUCCAAGAACUUUUUAUCCACUGUGGGGAAAUAUCUGACACUGGAUUAAACUGGUCAAGUUUGGGGUUCACUGGAAAAUGCCCGUAUGCAUUUAGCAACGAGGAGAUAAUCUGGAAUAAGGUGCAACAGCUUGCUCAAGAAUCCCUGGACACUGAUGCCGAUAGAUGGGUGGCUCCACAGCUUGAUAUUCAGGAAAAACAAAGGCAGAAUACGGAGCUAUUAUCCUUAUUCAUCGAGUGA